GCCGGUUCUUGUUGGUAGUGUUUGAAUAGACAAACAACAGAGUUUAUUUCUUUUUGGUUCCUUGGUUCACGCUGGCUGCAAGGCUUGUGUUUGGUGGGAGCAGCUUCUCACCGUGACGCUGCUCUACGAAGACGACGACAACCUCGUGUGACAACAUCAAAUAAUGGGAAAAGGAAACAUGGAACUCGAGACAAACAAGGUCUAUGACUACGAGGAUGCACGAGGGGACGUUGAAGUCCCAGAUACCGCUCAUCAGAUAAGCACUGAUUCAUGGUUUCAAGUGGCUUUUAUCCUCACAACCGGAAUCAACAGUGCCUUUGUUCUUGGAUAUCCAGGGACCGUCAUGGUUCCCCUGGGUUGGAUCGGGGGUGUGAUUGGUCUAAUUCUUGCUACCAUGGUGUCACUCUAUGCAAAUGCUCUAAUUGCUUAUCUCCAUGAAUUAGGAGGCCAAAGGCACAUUAGGUAUAGAGAUCUUGCUGGAUUUAUAUACGGUAAGAAAGCGUAUAAUCUCACAUGGGUUCUGCAGUAUAUCAAUCUUUUCAUGAUAAAUACUGGCUACAUCAUUUUGGCCGGUUCAGCCUUGAAAGCUACUUAUGUUCUAUUCAGGGAUGAUGGGCUGCUGAAACUUCCAUAUUGUAUUGCCAUAGGUGGAUUUGUGUGUGCAAUGUUUGCCAUCUGCAUUCCUCAUCUUUCAGCUCUGGGAAUUUGGCUAGGAUUUUCAACAGUCUUCAGCCUGGCAUAUAUUGUUAUAUCAUUUGUGUUGUCGCUUAAAGAUGGAUUACAAUCACCGCCUCGAGAUUACGAGAUUCCAGGAGAUGGUGUAAGCAAAAUCUUUACAAUAAUUGGAGCAUCUGCUAACCUUGUGUUUGCAUUUAAUACCGGCAUGCUUCCUGAGAUACAGGCAACAAUUAGGCAACCAGUUGUUAAGAACAUGAUGAAAGCCUUGUACUUUCAGUUUACCGUUGGAGUUCUACCAUUGUACCUGGUUGCCUUUACAGGAUACUGGGCUUAUGGAUCUUCCACAGAAGUGUAUUUGCUGAAUAGUGUGAAUGGUCCAGUUUGGGUGAAGGCUUCUGCCAACAUCACAGCCUUUCUUCAAUCAGUCAUUGCAUUGCAUAUUUUUGCAAGUCCAAUGUACGAGUUUUUGGAUACUAAAUAUGGGAUCAAAGGAAGUGCACUGAAUGCUAAAAACUUGUCAUUCCGAGUCGUGGUAAGAGGUGGCUACCUAGCCUUUAACACAUUUGUGGCGGCUUUCCUGCCAUUCCUUGGAGAUUUCAUGAGCCUCACAGGGGCGAUCAGCACAUUUCCCCUUACGUUUAUUCUUGCAAACCACAUGUACCUUAAGGCAAAGAAGGACAAACUAAACAGCUCACAAAAGCUCUGGCACCGGUUCAAUAUUGGUUUCUUUGCCAUUAUGUCUCUGGCAGCAACAAUUUCAGCCAUACGGCUCAUUUCUGUAGACUCCAAAACAUACCAUGUUUUUGCUGAUUUGUGAUUAAAUUCAUUGUAUUCUUUCAGCAAUUGUAGCACCAGAGGCUUUAGUGUUUCAGAUGCUUUCAUUUUAAAAUAAAAAUUAGUAUAGAAUUUCCUAGAAGAACAUUGUGUCGUGUUGUAUCAAUGCAUUAAUGUAUCCUGUUGCGUAAACCUUGCACUUUUGGUCAACAAUGGUUUUUCAGAUCAGUAAA